AAUCUACUCAUUAUUUGCAUCUUUUAGUUUUUGUUUGUUUUUUGUGACCAACUUUAUAAUCAUUACAAUCAUUACAGGAGUGCGUUAAGAAAAGUAUGAGAAAAUGGUUGACGGAUUGGGAAAAGGUGUUAAAUAUGCUAUGUUUGCAGCAAAUGGUGUUAUUUUUAUAGGAGGACUGGUAGUGUUUUCAGUAGGAGUAUGGACACUAGCAGAUCGGUCUUUUAUGGAGCGCCUAUUAGGCAGCAAUCUAUAUGUAGCCUCAGCCGCCCUAUUGAUAGCAGCGGGUGUAGUGGUGGCUAUCAUAUCAUUUUUAGGCUCUUUAGGCGCUUAUAAAGAGAUCCGUUGUAUGCUUUUGACGUUUUUUGUCAUUUUAUUCUUCAUAUUCUUACUUAUGCUUAUCGGAGGAAUCCUGGGAUAUGUAUUCAGAAAUCAGGUUGACGAGCGUAUGAACCGAGAGAUGAUAGCAACGGUUGCGUUGUAUAAAAAUGAUUCGGCCGUUACUGAAGCCUGGGAUUCCGUGCAAAAGAAUUUCAAAUGUUGCGGGAUAUCAGUAAAUACCAACAAAGGGUAUGAGAUAUAUCAACGCCAGAAUCGGAUUCAUUUUGGUGGCGGUCAGGGAAAGCCUAAAGUACCGGAAAGUUGUUGCAGUAAAGAGAAAAACCAAAACGAUGUCAACAAUUGUAUGGAAAACCCAAAGGAUAACACUUUACUUUAUAAAGAUGAUUGCUACGAAAAAAUGAAAGAUUUUGUUAAAGGUCACGCUUUGCUUGUGGGAGGAAUUGGUAUUGGAAUCGCAUGUUUAUUAAUUAUUGGAAUGGUAUUAUCGAUGGCAUUGUAUCUUAUGAUUGAUUAA